UUCAUUCCCACUUUCCUUCUUCUAAAGUAUUCUAUCUCACUCCCUUUCUAGAGCUUUCUCUCUCUACACCAAACUAACCUUCAAUGGCCGCUGAAGGAAAAACAGAAGUCAAAAUUGAACCAAAAUCUGCAGAAGCUAAUAAUAAAGAAACAGCUCCAGUUGUAGUAGAAGAAAUUCAAGAACCACCUCUCAAGUACAAGACAUGGGUCUUGAGAGUUUCCGUUCACUGCGAAGGCUGUAAAAGGAAAGUCAAGAAAUUAUUAACAAAUAUUGAUGGUGUUUACGCGACGGAGAUUGAUUUAAGACAACAAAAGGUGACAGUGAUCGGAAAUGUGGAGGCGGAAACGUUGCUGAAGAAGCUAGUCAAAGCAGGGAAGCAUGCAGAACUGUGGCCUGAAAAAGCUGACAACAAAGAGAAAAAGAAAGGAAAAUCCAAGAACAAAGAAAAAGAUAAAGAUAAACAAAGUGAUCAAGAAAGCGGUGAAGAACAAGAACCGAACCAAAAAGAAAAAGAAAACGUUAAAUCUGAAGUAGUAAUUAUUCAAGAUCCAUCUAAAGCGACGGAAACCGCCGUCGUUAAAGAUAUUAAUACUGAGUUUGUCCAUGUUUUUAAGCCCACGGACGGUGGCGGUGGUGCAACCGGUAAGCCAUGUGUUCAGUUUAAGGAGGUGAAGGUUGAGCUUAAACAACCGGUUACCUUUGUAGCCGGUAGCCAGCCACAAGGCGGCGGUGAAAUUGAGGGUAAUGCUGAGAAGAAUGGAAGUGGAGGUGGCAGUGGCAGCGGAGGUAAAAAGAAGAAAAAGAAGGGGCAUAAAGGGAAUAAUAAUAGUAACAAUGGAGAUGAGGUUGAACAUUGUUCUUCUGAUGCACCAGCAGGCACUGGAUCACCGAGUCAAGGUCAAGUUCAAGGUCAAAGUCAAACUCAUGUUUUCAUUCCAUAUCCAGCCAAUCAUAGCCCUCCGCGUCACCCUGUGUAUCAAUACCCACCGCAUUAUUAUCCACCUCCUGCUGCAUACGCUGUGAGUUACAAUACGAUGCAGCCCACUACAAGCUACGGUGCAUCGGUUUAUCCUCCAUCGUAUUCAUACGCGUAUAUGCACCCCGGGAUGGCAGUAAGCGAACCUCCACCGUCUGAUCUGGACUCAUAUCCAUCACAACCAUCAGAUUCAUUUGAGAUUUUCAGUGAUGAAAAUCCAAAUGCUUGCUCAAUUAUGUGAAUUUUUUUGGUAACAAAUUGUGGCACCAGCAAAAUGGAACUUUGUAUAAGUAAUCAAGUCUAGGGGGUAAAUUUGUUUUUUUCUUUUAAUGCAUGUGUAGAUAUGAAUGGUAAAAUCACAAAAUAGGUGUACUAGCUUUUUAUUUAUUUUCAAGUGGGGGAAUAUGUAGCUAGCUUUAAUUUUCUACUUUUGACUCGUUUAAGCUGGUUUUAGAAAGUUUAUAUCAGCCAUGUAUUGCUAGAUUAGUUGUAAGUUAGUCUCUCUCUUUUUGAUAUAUGUGCAAAGUAAAUUUUUAA